CGCAACCUCUCUUUCUCUCUCUUCUCGUGCCGCCACGCGUCAUCAUCUCCUUUCCUCUCCUUCGCUCCAAGUCCGACCAAGGCUUGGAGAUUCUCUAAGCUCUCCGACGCAGGCGCCCGACAGCCGAAUUGUACCAUCAGACGAAUACCUUCAUUUUCAGUUGCCUUGAUCAAGAUUCCUUUUCCACCAGGACUAAAGUUCCCACGUCGUUUGAACCGUAUUCCACCUAUAUCCGCCACCUAAUCCAAACAACUCCCCAACGGCGUUACAGGCGACGAUCGCGCGAGCUCCCGUACCCGCACCCACAUACACCAAACAUCCGGCGUACGCAAACCCGCCCAUCUCAUACCUUUAGUCCGUGAUACGCGGCGCCAAUCCAUUCCAGGGCCGCUCAGUGGACGAAAACGAAAAAGCAAGAAAGGAAAGGGGAAAAAAAAAAGAUAAGGGAGCGCGCCGCUGCAGGGGAAUGGCAGGCGGGCGCACAGCAUGGCUCCGCCUUACAGCAACGGCAACGGUUACGCCCACAAGGGGUCCAAGUCUGCCUCUUUGCCUUUCAAACUCCAUGACGAUGCUGCCAGCUUCCGCGCCCGCCUCCGACCUUUGCUUGCUGCCGUAGUGCGACUGGCGAGAACAAUUUGGGUCUUUUGGCAGACCCGCGGACGACGACUGGCCGCCAACAUCAUGCGGCAGAGUGGUUGGCAGUUGAGGCAGAACUUGACUGCGCGCCGCCUCCUGAGCUUCCCGCAUCUGCUGGUGUGUCUAUGGUUUCUUGUGCUGCUUUGGGGCGAGCGAUGGGUUUUCGGGAGCCGAGUCGCCCACUGCAAAUGGAGCAACUGGGAAGAUUGGCCCGCCGGAGCGAGCCCGCACCACCUCGUCUUCGUUGCCGACCCCCAAAUCAUCGACCCCAAAUCCUACCCCGGCCGGCCCUGGCCCUUGUCCGACCUGACGGUGUUGAUAACCGACAACUACAUGCGGAGAGGUUACCGGCAGCUCCAGUCGCAAUUGCGGCCCGACUCGCUGUUCUUCGUGGGCGACCUCUUCGACGGCGGACGGGAGUGGAAGACGGCGCGCGGUGAUUUCAAGGAUCCUGAGUGGGCCGUCAGCCGGCGACCCAAGAACGAGAAGGACCAUGUGAAGAAAUGGAACGACAAUUACGGCCAGGACUUCUGGCUCGACGAGUACGAGCGCUUCGGCAACAUGUUCUUCAAGGACUGGGCGACCCUUGGCGGCACCAAGGCCGGUAACUGGCAAAGAGGGCGCAAGCUGGUGGCCAGCUUGCCCGGAAACCACGACCUGGGUUUUGGCGACCAAGUCAAGGGAGUUGUCCGCGAGCGCUUCAGCACCUACUUUGGGGACGUGAACCGUGUGGACGUCAUUGGCAACCACUCCAUCGUCUCCGUCGACACCGUUUCCCUAAGCGCGAGCGCCUCGCGGCAGGCCGGCGUUGACUUGGAGGCGAUCCACACGCCGGCAGACAUCUUCCUGAAGGAUGUCCGAUUCACCAAACGGAAGGCCGUCGAGAAAGAGCUGCGGUUCUGGAGGGGCGACGUGGAAGGAGUCGUCCACGAACACAAGGUCGAGGAGUUGGAGACGGCGGAUGUGAAAGUGCCGACCAUUGCGCCGGGUGAAGAUGGGCCCGACUUUCCUACGAUUCUCCUCACACAUGUCCCUCUGUACCGGGACCCGGGAACGCCUUGCGGACCGCUACGGGAGCAUUGGCCACCGGCCAAACCACCCAAAGGACAGAAGGGUCCUGUCGUUCCGGACCAUCGCAACGCCAUCUCGGUUUCGGGUGGUUAUCAGUACCAGAACGUGCUGAGCGAGGACGACUCGGUCAAGCUCAUCAAAAGCGUCGGCAACGUCGUCCACGUCUUUUCCGGUGAUGACCACGACUACUGCGAGACCGUCCAUUCUCCUGCAAAGGAUAACGUCCGUGAAAUCACCAUCAAGAGCAUCAGCAUGGCCAUGGGAGUCCCCACACCUGGUUUCCUCAUGGUCAGCCUGUACAAUCCUGUGGACGCCAACGGCAAACCACUCCCCGGGGCUCCCGAGAAGACAUUGCAGACGCACCUUUGCCUGCUGCCGAACCAGCUUGCAACAUACGCCAAGUACGCCGGGCUCGUCUUUGUCACCAUCGUAGCGAUUAGUAUCCGCUCGUUCCUGGUGCCUGUGCUCAACUUGACGCCGUUUGCGCUGCAAACCGAGCAGCCGCAAGGCCCGAUUCUGCCUACGAUCAAGGACAAGGUUGAGGACGAUGGGACCUACAACAUGAAUUCGACAUCAGCAAGCUCCGGAACCCGGUUUCUCACAUCCUCGUCAUCGCGGACCAGAAGCGGAUCCAUCCGCUCCAACGGCUCGAGCCCCGUGCCGCCGGCAAAGACCAAGCUCAAGAAGCAAGGAUGGGGACACCGUGCCCCGAGAAUCGAAAUCUUUCAAGACGAUUUCUACGGCAACACGAAGCCGCGAUUGACGUGGAAGGCGGCGUCCCAACGGUCUCGGACGACUCUCGGAAGGGUUGCUCGAGAGAUAGGUGCCUCCACGUGGAGAGUGGUCUGGAUGGUAGUUCUGUUCUGGGCGUAUCUUGCAUAUAAAGGAUAGAAGAGCGAUCGCUUCUGAGCGUGUAUAAUUAUAGAAGCCAUGGAAGAACUUCAUCGUCAUUCAGCGGGUUGGUUGCAUCGUUUGGCUGGUUGGAUGUUGUGGGGUUUCUCAUUUAAAACGUAAAAGAUCUGUUGGCGGCGUCCGUUUGUAACAUGGCUCCUGGGCGAUGGCUCAGAGGGCAGUAAUGAAAAUUUUAUUCUUGUCGGGUAUCCUCCUUUUGAUGCAUCGCAACCAUUUCUCGG